AUGGCGCAAAUACGAGGAACAGCCGGGUAUAACCUGGGGAUGAACAAUCAGUUCGCUUCGCAGCGGAGUGCUGAAGCGACCAGCGAUCCGAGUCCUCUGGACCAGAUCAGGGAGCAAACAAGCAAGAUCGAGGAUUGGUUGGGUUCCGUGGGCGAACCCCUGAAGCCUUACCUCCCUGCCAUCGGACGGUUCCUCAUCGUGGUUACGUUCCUGGAAGAUGCGGUCAGAAUAAUCACUCAAUGGGGCGAUCAGCUCACCUACUUGAGAGAUUUCAGACACAUUCCUUGGGGCAUCACACAUCUUUUCUUGAUCUUCAACGUCAUUACCAUGACGGUGUGCUCUACGUUGGUUAUCAUGCGACGCUACGGCGAAUACGCGGUUGGCGGACUUCUCUCUGUCGUGGUCGUGCAGGCUCUCGGAUACGGGCUCAUCUUCGAUCUCAACUUCUUCCUCCGGAACCUAUCGGUCAUUGGCGGUCUGUUGAUGGUGCUGGGAGACAGCUUUGUCAAGAAGAGCCGGGUGUUUGCUGGGUUGCCCACAAUCGACGAGAAGGACAAGAAGAUGUACAUCCAACUCGGUGGCAGAGUUUUGCUCAUCUUCCUGUUCAUCGGUUUCGUCUUUGCCGGCGAAUGGAGCAUCUGGAGAGUGCUGGUCAGCUUGAUCGGCUUUGUGGCAUGCGUGAUGGUGGUGGUUGGGUUCAAGGCCAAGCUCAGUGCCAUUAUCUUGGUCCUUCUGCUCAGUGUGUUCAAUGUGCUUGUCAACAAUUUCUGGACGCUCCACAAGAACCAUCCCCACAAGGACUUUGCCAAGUACGACUUCUUCCAGAUCCUGUCCAUUAUGGGCGGUCUGCUGCUGUUGGUCAAUAUGGGACCAGGCCAACUGAGCGUGGACGAGAAGAAGAAGGUUUACUAG